UUGCGGGUCGCCGGGCACGUUGACUUCGACCAGCCUCUUCCAACACCCGCACCCUCCUUACUACUCGUCCACUUCCUGUAUAGUCAUGGUACGUGUCUGUUACACCGUGACGAUCUCACCGUCUGAUUCUGCACAUCAAGUUACCUUUGUCCCUCCUGAAUGCAGCGCAAAAUAAACCCAUGUUAGUCGAGCUGAAGAACGGGGAGACGUUCAACGGCCAUCUCGUCAACUGCGACAACUUCAUGAACAUCACGCUGAGAGAGGUGUACCAGACGAGCGCAGAGGGCGACAAGUUCUGGAAGCUGAAGGAGUGCUACAUCCGCGGCAGCACGAUCAAGUACCUGCGAGUACCAGAUACACUGUUGGAUGCAGUGAAGGAGGAGCAGAACCGCGCAAGGGAGGCGGGCAGGAGCGCACGAGGAGCGCACGUCAGCGGUGCGAACAACCGAGGUCGUGGUGGAAUGCCACAAAGAGGACGAGGCGGAGUACGCGGAGGGCCAAUGCGCGGGGGCAGGGGAAGGGGCAGAGGGAUGUAACGCGCGAUGUACCACUACAUAUUGUCCGGGUGAGCCGUUCAUGUUUCACUAUUCUCCCUCGCUUCCUGCG